AUGCGAAAAACAAUUAUGUACAGUGAACGUGGUAUUGACAAAAAUGUACGAGAGAAAAGGUGGCUCCGUGAUUGGAUUACUGUCACUUGUGCCAUUUUUAUGGUUUUAACAAUAUUUGCACUAACGCUCUAUCUGUUGUCAAAAUUUGAUAUUUUUGUGGUAAACAAGUUAAAGAUCAUCGACAUCGUACCACCGGCAGUAACAACAACUGCGACCACUACUCAGCAGUCAGAGUGGUCUAAUACCGGUAGUAUGAAUUAUGCACGGGCUGGACACACAUCAUCUGUGUUACUAAAUGGAAAGGUGUUGGUGUGCGGCGGAGAUAACGAAGUUUCUACUUUAAAAAGUGCUGAGUUGUAUGAUCCAUCAACAGGCACUUGGACAACUACUAGUAACAUGAAUAAUGCACGAUAUGAUCAUACAGCAUCUGUAUUAACAAAUGGACAAGUAUUAGUCACUGGUGGUUAUAAUAAUCGUGCUCUGGACAGUGCAGAGUUAUAUGAUCCAUUGACAGAGAUUUGGACAGAUACUGGUAAAAUGAAUAAUGCGCGGGCUUCGCAUACAUCAGCUGUAUUAAAAAAUGGAAGAGUAUUAGUUACUGGUGGUUCUAAUGAUAAUGUUCUGGACAGUGCUGAAUUAUAUGAUCCAUUAACACGGAUUUGGACAACUACCAGGAACAUGAAUAUUGCACGAGAAGAGCAUACAGCAUCUGUAUUAAUAAAUGGAAAAGUGUUAAUUGCUGGCGGAACCAAUAAUUAUCAUAUAAGCAGUGCUGAAUUUUACGAUCCAAUUACAGAAACUUGGACAAUUACUGGUACAAUGAACGAUGAACGACAUGCACACACUGCAUCUGUUUUAACAGAUGGAAAAGUGUUAGUUAGUAGUGGUGGUCCAAAUAGUGCUGAAUUAUAUGAUCCAUCAACAGAGCAUUGGGUUUUUACUGGUAAUAUGAGUGAUGCACGAUAUAUUCACACAGCAUCUUUAUUAACAAAUGGAAAAGUGUUAGUUACUGGUGGAUAUAUUGCUGGAGUUUAUUUAAAUAGUGUUGAAUUGUAUGAUCCAUCAACAAGAAAAUGGUCAACUAUUAAUAGUAUGAGUAGUAAACGAUGGGCGCAUGCAGCAUCCGUACUAAUGAAUGGAAAAGUAUUGGUUACUGGCGGUGUUAACAAUAGUUCGCACUUGAACAGUGCAGAGUUAUAUGAACCGUAUUAA